ACUGGGCAGUGCCGCAUCCUGCACUUCUCCCGGCUCCCAUUGCCCGGGUGCACUUCCCGAAGAGCCAGAAAGGAGCACCGAGAGCCACCUCUGCUCCUGCCCCGCAUCCUGCGCUUCUCCCGGCUCCCCAUUGCCCGGGUGCACUUCCCGAAGAGCCAGAAACGAGCACCGAGUGUCAGAAACGAGCACCGAGAGUCACCUCUGCUCCUGCCCCGCAUCCUGUGCUUCUCCCGGCUCCCAUUGCCCGGCUGUAGCUCCCGCGGGGCCAGAAAGGAGCACCGAGAGUCAGAAAGGAGCACAGAGCCAGAAAGGAACACCGAGAGUCACCUCUGCUCCUGCCCCGCAUCCUGCUCUUCUCCCGGCUCCCAUCGCUCUGCUGCACUUCCUGAAGAGCCAGAAAGGAGCACAGAGUCAGUCAGAAAAGAGCACCGUGACCCAGAAAGGACACCGAGAGCCAGAAAGGACACCGAAAGCCAGAAAAGGCCACCGAGAGCCGCCUCUGCUCCUGCCCCGCAUCCCUGCACUUUCUCAGGGGUGAAGAUGAGUGCUGAAGAGAUUCUGGUGCUUGCAGUAAAACUUGGAAAAAAUUUCUGCCUCUAUUUUGACGACGAUGAUGAGCUGGAGUGUGAUGCCCUGUGCAAGGAGAAGAUUCUGCACCGAGUGCUGAGGAACGUCCACAGCCAGCUGCUCGUGGUGCGCCCCGACCUGAACGUGGCAGCCUUUGAGGAUGUGACAGACCAGGAGAUGCAAUCUGGCAAAGGGAUGCAUUUCAGCAUCCACUGCUACAAAACCACCACGCCCUUAGCAGGGAUGCCCGUGGCCUUCAGUGUCCAAGUGGAAAACAAAAGUUAUUACAUGUGUUGUGAGAGGGAAGGUGGAGAAAUGAUCGUUAGAUUCAAGGAAGGAGAAGUUCCCAAAGAAAUUCCUGGUGAAAGCAACAUCAUCUUUUUCAAAAAGACAUUUACAUCUUGCUCCUCCAGGGCAUUUAAGUUUGAAUAUUCACUGGAACGAGGGAUGUUCUUGGCCUUUGAGCAAGAAGGCUACUUGAGAAAAUUAAUCCUAAAGAAAGUGCCACAAGAUGAAGUGGAUGAAACCAUGAAGAUGAGUUUAUCUACGUUCAGUCAGAAUGAAAAUCACAACCUAUGAUGGAACACUUCAACAGUUUUAAAAUACACUUUGUUGUUUUUUAUAAAAGAAACCUCAGUCUUUAUUCAAAACAAGUCAGUUUUAUGUUUUAACUACUUAUCAAAAAAAAAAAAUGCAAGUUCUUGGCAAAAAAGCUAAGAAUGUUUUAUAGUCAGACAGAAUUACACACUGAAGAAACAAGAAUGUGCAUGUCUCUAUACUCCUGUGGAAUUUGAUCCCUGAAAUCUCUAAUACCUGUUGACCAGCUUUUGAACUAGGCCUGGACUUUCACAAUCCCAAAACUCUCAGAUAAUGAAUUUCUCACCCAAGUAGCUUAAACACCACAUCCAGCUGCAUCCUGUGUGAGGAAACCUCAGACACUUUCCAUCAGAGACCCUCAGAUCGCCCAGAGGGACUUACCCAUGACUCACCACUGCAGCCUCCCCCUCCCUGGGAAAAAACAACAAAUGUUGGCUUUCAAAACCAACCAAAAACACAGCUCUGUUCUGACCACAACACUAACAAAAAAUUGGUUAGCUACCUGCUUUUGCUAAUAAAUAAAAUUUCCAAUCCAUACUGAAUAAAAAUCAAAGUCUUGCAGAACCCAAACAGUGACUUGGUCGUUCUGUUCAUUGCAAAAUCACUGAUGGUAACACAAAUUCUCUUCCUCUCACUAUUAAUAGUGCCCACAAAAGUACCACGAGAAUGUGGAAAGAGUUUUCCACUCCUUAGCACGGUGAAAGUCAACACAGGAUGAAGCAGAAAGUCAAAAACCACAAUCUCAGUUCCCCCCUAAAAAAUCCCUGAAAGAACAGAACAUUCCCUCAGCCUCCUCUUUGUUGUCCUUUCAAUCACACAGGACAACACAGACCAGAGCAUUUAGAAAAUAAACCUCAAAAAAAGUGUUGCAGGUGAACAUAAAAACCUUGAAAGCUGAAUGCUCCUAAAGUCAACCUGCAAAAGUAUUUUUAUUCUACCUCAAUCCUUGUUGUAUUUUCUAAGAGACAUUAAUUAUUCUUGUAUUAAGUCAAGUCUAAGUCACCUCUAAGUAUUAAUUCAUACAAAUAUUCUGUUUUAUGAAGUAAGGCAGAGCAGACCUACGUGCAGAGAAAACAUUUUAGGCAACCCAAAAGCAGCAAAGAUGGUUCAGAAGCACACACAAAAUUUCUGUAAAUUCUUUAUUGCAUGGAUUAAGAAAAAAUGUAUUCCCUUUUCUACAUCAACUCCCAGGGUCCAAAGAGUUACAGGGUCUGCCUUACACACUGAUGUUAGAAGCAGCAGUUCAAACUCGUUUUACAGAACAGGAAACCAACCAACAGUUAGAAAAACACUCAUUAAAGCUGGUAUUACAAGGAAAUUCCCUUUAGCUAUGCAAGUCUGCCAC